AUCUCCAAGGUAGUGAUGGCUCUCCAGAGGACCCAUGCAUUACUUCUGCUCUUGCUGCUGACCCUGCUGGGGCUGGGGCUGGCACAGCCCUCCUAUGGCCAGAAUUUCAUGUACCAACGAUUCCUGCAGCAACACGUGGACCCUCGUGUGACAGGAGGCGAUCAUCGCUACUGCAACUUGAUGAUGCAAAGGCGGAGGAUGACUUCACCUCAGUGCAAGCCCUUCAACACUUUCAUUCAUGAAGCCAAUUGGAGAAUUAAUAGUAUCUGCAGAACCGCCAAUACUCUGUGCAAGAAUGGCCAGAUGAACUGCCAUGCGGGUGUAGUGAAGGUCACAGACUGUAGGGAGACAGGAAGUUCCAGUGCUCCCUACUGCAGAUACCGGGCCAGGGCCAGCACCAGACGUGUUGUCAUUGCCUGUGGAGGUAAUCCAGCAGUGCCUGUGCACUUUGAUCAAUAGAUGCCACCCAGCAGGGGUUAUGGCCCAGCUACUGGCCUUUAAUUUACUCCUUAAAUAACAAUGAGUAAUGCAUUUGAGUUGUCCCAGGCUCCGUCUCCACUGCUUCUUUCUUUCCUUUUUUUUUUUUUUUUUUUGUUCAUUAUAUAACCAAUUCUGUUAAUUACAUUGCAUGAAAGAGAAAGAUGAGACAUAAACUUAUAAUGAGUCUGA